AGACGAUAGUAUAACUAGCCAAUAAAGGCAACAUUAAUCACAUGAAGUAACUAUUUUAGAAACAAGAGAUAUAUGAGCAUGAAAGCAAUGAUAAAUUUGAAGUUGACACUUCAUAAAAUCUUUGGUUAUUUUGGAUAAGCCCAAUUUUAUAAUGCCUUUGAUAUGUAAUCUGGCUGGUCAUUUAUCUGAUCAUAAUCUGAAAACAGAUAAACAAGGACUACCAGAAUAAGCUCCAUUUAGAAAGUUUUUAUUACAGCUCUUACUUUUGAAGUAGAUGUGAUCGACAGCACCGUUUACCCUAAACCUAGAUAUCUUGUAAAGUUAAAAUAAAUUAUUGGAUUUAUGCGGAGCUGAAUCAUCC